AGCAAGGGCCGACAGUAUGGCAGAAAAGUAAGAUGGGUGCGAUGAUGGGUGCUGGGGUGGGUCUAACUAUUGGCUUCAUCUUCGGGUCAUAUAGUAUUAUCAGAGGAGGAGCGGGUCCCAGAGGUUUUAUUGCUACCCUCUCGCAAUACAUGCUAAGUAGCGCUGCUGCUUUCUCCUUCUUCUUGGCUAUCGGUUCGGUAAUUCGGACUGACUCUGCCUUACCCCCUCAUCUCGAGGCUGCUCGCCUGCAGCUUUUAUCCCCUGCCAUCCGGUCAAGAGCGGAAGGUGCUGCCUUGAUCAAACAAAGAUGGGAGGCAGAAAAAAGACAUCAACUUUAAGGCCCGCUGGUGUGCUAUAUCCUUUCACGAACCAUCUUCCUGCCUUGAACCUCGUCGUGAGGUAUGUCGGCUUGUCAGUGCCUCCCGGCGUUGCUUGUCAGACAGUCUCCGGCCCCUGCGGCGCGAGACUCGUAGACUUGUAUGAACACCGAACGUUUUUGCGACAAUGGUAUUCAAUCUCGAAAUAGGAAAUCAUAAUCGUUUCAUUACUGACGGCCGAGCAUCCCCAUUAUACGGUAUUCGACCUAGUCGCCGCACAAGAUGAAGCGCGGAGGGAUAAAGAUGCGAGACUUGUCAUGGGGUAGACUCAGCUCAGAUUCUUGUCCCCAGCUGGGUCCUUGGUUGGUUUCGGUUCUUUGUCCACGUUACUCAGCCCAAGAUUUUUCCAGUCAUCCUUCUCCAUGAGACCUUUGUUCAUUCUGCACUCUAGAUAUGCUUUGUUCAGGUGUCGACAAGGUGUAGAGCUAUUGUUAUUAUUCCGGAGGCAAUUCAUGUACGCCGUCAUGAAGUCUCUGCAUUCUCCAUAGUGGUCCAGAGGAAAGGACCCGCGGUCUGGUGGUGUGACUUGAAAGCCGGUCG